AUGCCCAGGGAGGUCGUCCGCGGUCAAGUGCUCGCGUUGCGAAAUGCUGGCCUCUCCUACAACAAGAUCGCCACCCAGCUUCACCUCCCACGUUCUACAGUGAUCAGCAUCACCCAACGUUUCUCGGGAAGGGCGACGACGAGCGACAGCCCCCGCCCCGGUCGCCCCAGCAAGCUCAAGUCAUUUCACCGCAACAACAUUGUAGCACAGAUCCUCCUCGAUGAGUCCGACACCGCACCCGAAGUGGCCGCCACUAUGCGCACAUUGUCCAAACAUUGGACCGUCGAUGACUGGCUGAGGGUCGUCUUCUCCGACGAGACUGCUCUCUAUCUCUACAGGAACAACAACGGUGGUCGUGUAUGGCGUCUGGUUGGCGAAACGUUGACCGAUCGAUGCGUGCAGGGCACGGUCAAGUUCGGCGGUGGCCAUAUCAAUGUUUGGGGCGCCAUCUCUCGUUUCGGAAUUUCGCUUUUCUGCGAGGUCGGCGACGUCAUGAACGGCGACACCUACCUCUCAGUUUUGGAGAGCGAGUUGCUAGCAAGCAUUCGCGUGUGGAACAACAAAAACGAGAUGAUUUUCAUGCAUGACAAUGCCCCUUGUCACAAAAGAAAAGAUGUGGCGAAGUGGUUCGAAACCAAUCAGAUCACCGUCCUGGACUGGCCUGCGAACUCUCCCGACCUCAACCCCAUCGAAAAUGCGUGGAACAUGGUCAAGAACAAGAUCUACCAGGAGAGGGAGAUCAAGAGCAAGGCCGCGUUGUGGGAACGCUUCCAAGCGGUCUACGAAGAAGUGCUCACGCCAGAGGUCUGCCGCGAUCUCAUUUCAUCGAUGCCGCGCCGCAUUCAAGCUGUGAUAGAUGCCAAUGGUGGUUAUACCAAGUACUGA